AUGACCUCUGGCCGACCGAUUCUGCAACUUUUCCGAUCUUCGAGUGCGGCAUUUUCGGCCAUUUCUUCAGAAGCGCUGCCACUCGAGAAAAUCAGAAAUGUCGGUAUUUCGGCGCACAUUGACUCUGGGAAGACGACUGUCACGGAGCGGCUGUUGUACUAUUCAGGACGAAUCGAGGAAAUGCACGAGGUUAAAGGAAAGGAUCAGGUGGGCGCUACGAUGGAUUUUAUGGAUUUGGAGCGGCAGCGUGGUAUAACUAUUCAAUCGGCGGCAACGUAUGUAAACUGGAAAGGGACCAACGUGAAUAUCAUAGACACACCAGGUCACGUGGAUUUCACGGUUGAGGUUGAACGCGCCCUUAGAGUUUUGGAUAGUGCGAUUCUUGUACUGUGCGGGGUCGGGGGCGUUCAGAGUCAGACGUACACCGUCAGUCGACAGUUGGCCCGUUACAACGUUCCUUUUGCAGCAUUUAUCAACAAACUUGAUCGUUCAAACGCUAACCCUUUUCGUGUUUUGGAUACGAUGAGUUAUGAUGUUCAUGAGAAUGUUGAAAGUAUGAUCGGCGACUUCAUCACAGCCAUGUUUAGAUCGAAGCUUUCGUACAACGCUGCGCUAAUGCACUUGCCGAUUGGACUAGAAGCAAAGUUCGUUGGUAUUGUUGACCUGAUUCGACAAAAAGCAUUCUACUUCGAAGGUAGCCAAGGGUGAGC